UAGAGCAAGGGCUUUUAUUGGGAGCAUCUCGGCAAGUCUGAAUCCUGACUCACUCAUUUACAACUUGAAAAGGAUUCAUUUUAUGCAUGUCAUUUUACUCACCCCCUUCUAUUUAACUGCCAAACCCAUCAGAGAUUGAUAAAGGGGUGUUUAAAUUAAGGAUCUGAUGGGGUUACUCAGGGAGUCUCCGGAGGCUCCUGAGGCUAUUGCCUGUAGUUUGUAAACACCAGUAGCAGAGAUGAGAUGAAGAAAAUGUUCUGUGACUGCUUCUUUGCCAGAGCCGAGUCUGAUUUCUUUGGAAACUAGUCUUUUUUAUUGCUUAAAGAGAUCUUGCAGAUUGUUUGCCUGGUUAUGCUCGGCUGAAUGCCCUCUGAGUCAAGCAACUGAAGGACGGAGACCACUUUUCCUCUGGAUAUGUGUCACAAAGAUGUCUACACGGAACUGCCAGGGGAUGGAUUCAGUGAUCAAGCACCUGGACACAAUCCCUGAGGAUAAAAAAGUCAGAGUUCAGAGGACACAGAGCACUUUUGACCCGUUUGAGAAACCAGCCAAUCAAGUAAAAAGGGUGCAUUCUGAGAACAAUGCUUGCAUUAACUUUAAGUCCUCCUCUGCUGGCAAAGAGUCACCUAAAGUUCGAAGGCACUCCAGCCCCAGCUCGCCAACAAGUCCCAAGUUUGGAAAAGCUGACUCAUAUGAAAAACUGGAAAAGCUAGGGGAAGGAUCUUAUGCAACAGUGUACAAAGGGAAAAGCAAGGUAAAUGGGAAGCUGGUGGCUCUAAAGGUGAUCAGGCUGCAGGAAGAAGAGGGGACACCUUUCACGGCCAUCAGGGAAGCUUCUCUAUUGAAAGGAUUAAAGCACGCAAACAUUGUGCUGCUCCAUGACAUCAUCCACACCAAGGAGACACUGACGCUUGUCUUUGAAUAUGUGCACACUGAUUUAUGUCAGUACAUGGACAAGCACCCUGGAGGACUCCAUCCAGACAAUGUGAAGUUGUUUUUAUUUCAGUUGCUGCGAGGGCUGUCUUACAUCCACCAGCGGUAUAUUCUGCACAGAGACCUGAAACCACAGAACCUUCUCAUCAGUGACACGGGGGAGUUAAAGCUGGCAGAUUUCGGUCUUGCAAGAGCAAAAUCCGUCCCUAGCCACACAUACUCCAAUGAAGUGGUUACCUUGUGGUACAGACCUCCGGAUGUUCUCCUGGGCUCUACAGAGUAUUCCACCUGCCUUGACAUGUGGGGAGUUGGCUGCAUCUUUGUUGAGAUGAUCCAAGGAGUCGCUGCAUUUCCAGGAAUGAAAGACAUUCAGGAUCAACUUGAACGAAUAUUUCUGGUUCUUGGAACACCAAAUGAGGACACAUGGCCUGGAGUUCAUUCUUUACCACAUUUUAAGCCAGAACGCUUUACCGUGUACAGCUCUAAAAGCCUCAGACAAGCAUGGAAUAAGCUCAGCUAUGUAAACCAUGCCGAAGAUCUGGCUUCCAAGCUUCUCCAGUGUUCUCCAAAGAACAGGCUAUCUGCACAGGCCGCCUUGAGCCACGAGUAUUUCAGCGAUCUCCCCCCGCGGCUAUGGGAGCUGACUGAUAUGUCUUCUAUUUUUACCGUCCCAAAUGUGAGAUUGCAACCUGAAGCUGGAGAGAGUAUGAGGGCCUUUGGAAAAAACAAUAGUUAUGGCAAAAGUCUAUCAAACACCAAGCACUGACUGGCCUGGCAUUCUCGGGAGAGCACAGGUAAGGGCCCUGCUCAACAGGAAGUGAUGUUCAUCAUAGACGUGGAGUGACCUACUCACUGACUGCAACAUUUCAGCCUCAUUGCCCCAAAAACUGUCUUGAGUCACGUGGACUAUUCUGGCAUUUAUCAAACAUUCUGCUGCGGUAGAGGACAAUCAGGAAUUUCAAUGUUUUCCGGCCCCUCCUAGGCUCUAAGCAAAGUUCCACUGCAUGAUGUACAUUAGUGAUGCAGUCACUUGCAAACCACUGAGUCUUGGGCAUCUGUCUUAACUGCUCUUGAAUUCAUCACUGAAGUUAGGAAAGCUCCACUUUGAGCUGUACCUAAAUCACAGACCUGUUUUUUUUUUGUUUGUUUGGUUUUUGUUGUUGUUUGGCCAAUAUUAUUUGUUUUUUAAUUAUUUGCUGUCAUUUUAAAUUAGGGUAUUUCAUAUAAAAGUCUAGAUUUCUAGCUUCUCAUGAA